GCCAGGCCGCCCCCAGGAGGCCCCUGAAGCCUCCUGGGACAAACUCGUCCUUGGACGCCCUCAUCCAUUCCAGGACCCUCUCGUUCACACGGGCCUCACCAAGCUGGGAUGGGACUGACCCCCACGAAAGUGGAAUCGCUCUGGGAGAUGCAGACUCGGUGCCGGAAAGACAGACUGAACCGCUUGCGUCACUUCCAUUCCCUGCCUCGGAGAGGAGGGGCGGGGCUUUGGGCAUCAGCCAGAGGCAUGUGGGAUCUUAGUUCCCCAACCAAGGAUCGAACCCCUGCCCACUGCAUUGGAAGCAAAGAAUCUUAACCACUGGACCACCAGCAGACGCACCAUCCACAUGGGAGCAGGAAACCACACGGAAGUAUCACAGUUCCUCCUCCUGGGCCUCUCAGACGAUCCUGAACUGCAGCCCCUCCUCUUUGGACUGUUCCUGUCCAUGUACCUGGUCACUGUGUUGGGGAACCUGCUCAUCAUCCUGGCCGUCAGCUCGGACUCCCACCUCCACACCCCCAUGUACUUCUUCCUCGCCAACCUCUCCUUUGUUGACAUCUGUUUCGUCUCCACCACCGUCCCAAGCAUGCUAGUGAACAUCCAGACACAGAGCAAAGGCAUCUCCUACAUAGGGUGCCUCACUCAGGUGUAUUUUUUUAUGAUUUUUGCUGUAAUGGAUAGUUUUCUCCUGACUGUGAUGGCCUAUGACCGGUUUGUGGCCAUCUGCCAUCCCCUGCACUACACGGUCAUCAUAAACCCCCGCUUCUGUGGCCUCCUGGUUCUGAUGUGUUGGUUCAUCAUUUUCUGCGUUGCCCUGGUUCAUAUUCUACUGCUGAGGCGGCUGACCUUCUAUACUGGCACUGAAAUUCCACAUUUCUUCUGUGAACUGGCUCAGAUUCUCAAGGUGGCCUGCUCUGACACCCUCAUCAAUAACAUCUUCUUGUUUGUGGCCACUGCCCUGCUGGGUGUGUUUCCCCUCACUGGAAUCCUCUUCUCUUACUCUCGAAUUGUCUCCUCUUUAAUGAGAAUCUCCUCUGCAGCGGGAAAAUAUAAAGCAUUUUCCACCUGUGGGUCUCACCUCUCUGUGGUUUCCUUGUUCUACGGGACAGGCGUGUGGCUCUAUCUCACUUCUGCUGUGACCCACUCUCCCCAGAGAAGCUCCAUCGCCUCAGUGAUGUACACCGUGCUCACCCCCAUGCUGAACCCCUUUAUCUACAGCCUGAGGAACAAGGAUGUGAAGGGGGCCCUGGGAAGGCUCCUCGGUUUAGGUACGACUUGUCUGCGAUGGGCCACGUACCUCAGAACUAAGUGGACAUUGUGAGGCUCAAAGACAAAUGUUGUGAUUUAAAU